CACUUAGCCAACACCUCUCAACUAUCCUCACCUUUCUUUCUUACCAUCCCCGCUUUUUUUUUUUUCUUCCUCUUAUCUUUCUGACCUCAAAUUUUCGUGCUUUCUUUCAGUUGGCCUUCUAUUAUCCCAGGUACGAUUUUUCUAUAUAUUUUCGCAAUAUCUACAAUAAAGAAAACUGUUUAUCACUUCAAUUCAACAAUAUCUUUUUUCUGGGUUCUCACCCUACAAUUUGCAUAUUAAGUUGUUUGUUUAGUGUGUUUUAUUCUAGUUUGGAACUGUUGAUUAUAGAGGGGAGAGAGAGAAAGAGGAAUGAUACUUUUGUUGCGUAAUGUUAGUUGAAUUUAGCAGUUUUUGGGCAGUGUUUUUGAAUUGUUACACUUGGGUAGUACUCAUAUGCUGAUAAGAAUUCUUCAUAUUUAAGAGUAAUUAUGGCAACAAUGGCUUCCCUAGUGAGUUUGGGAAGCUCGGGAGCGACGUGCUCGGGGAAUAUGGAGGUAUCCUUUUCAUUAGUUAAGAGAAUUUCAUGUCCUAGAAGGGUUUGCAGUUGCAAUUUUAAGCAUUUGGGGGGAGGGAAGAGAUGGCGUUACGUUUCUGUGUGUAGGCUUUCCAUUGUCACUGAUUAUGUUUCUGAGCAAGGAAAUGCUGUUACUCUUGAAAAUGCAUAUAAAGAUAGUAAAGGUGAGGACCUCGUAUUGAAGCCUUCGCCCAAGCCCAUGUUAAAAUCUGGGCCUGAUGGGAACCGUAAAAUUGUAGAAAGUUCGGUUAAAUUUGAUGCAGACUCGAAUAAUAGGAAAUUAGAUAAUGCGGAGGAGAGGAAGAAGGUUAUUGAAUCAUUAGAUGAGGUAUUAGAGAAGGCGGAGAGACUAGAAACUGGAAGCUUACAGACAGAAAGUAAAAAUGAGAGGAAACCUGUAAAUAGACUAUCACCCAGUGUAAGUAGCUCAACAAAUGGUAGACCUGUAAAUAUUUCUGCCAAAGAGAAGCCUAACGCUGGGAAGAGUGUGUGGCGAAAAGGGAAUCCAGUUUCUGCCGUGCAAAAAGUAGUACAAGAACCUCCUAUGAUUGAAAAGGUUGAGAGAGUUGGAAAUAGGACAACUGGAGAACAAAAGUUAGAUAACCAAUCCCCUGAGACUUUGAGACCUCCAUCACCACUGCAGAAGCCUGAGAUUCAGUUGCAGGCAAGACCUUCUGUGGCUCCUCCAAUGCCAAAGAAGCCAGUUUUGAAGGAUGUAGGGAUGUCUUCUGUAGCUGAUGGGAAAGACCAGGCUGUGAAAUCAAAAGAGAGGAAACCAAUUCUGGUUGACAAAUUUGCCACAAAGAAAUCAGCAGUGGAUCCAAUUAUUGCUCAAUCAGUAAUUGCCCCACCUAAACCUGCCAAAUUUUCUUCUGCAAAGUUUAAAGACGAUUACAAGAAGAAGGGUCUUUCAGCUGGUGGACCAAAGAGGCGUAUGGUGAAUAAUGACGAUGAUGUACAUGAAGAAACGUCGGAACUUGGUGUAUCCAUUCCUGGUUCUAUUGCAGGCCGGAAAGGGAGAAAAUGGAGCAAGGCAAGCCGCAAGGCUGCUAGGCGCCAAGCAGCCAGAGAUGCAGCUCCUGUUAAAGUGGAAAUUUUAGAAGUUGGAGAAAAGGGUAUGUCAACAGAAGAAUUAGCAGACAACUUGGCUAUUAGUGAAGGUGAAAUUUUGGGUUUCCUAUAUACGAAGGGGAUUAAACCUGAUGGGAUGCAAACUCUUGACAAUGCUAUGGUAAAAAUGAUCUGCCAAAGGUAUGAUGUGGAAGUUUUGGAUACAGUUUCUGAUGAAAUGGAAGUAAUGGCUCGGAAGAGGGAAAUGUUGGACGAUGAUGACCUUGACAAGCUUGAAGAUAGGCCUCCUGUGCUUACUAUCAUGGGUCAUGUAGAUCAUGGAAAGACAACCCUCUUGGAUUAUAUACGAAAGAGCAAGGUAGCUGCUUCUGAAGCAGGUGGGAUUACACAGGGGAUUGGAGCUUAUAAAGUGGAAGUACCAGUUGAUGGCAAGUUGCUGCCUUGUGUCUUUCUUGACACUCCUGGUCAUGAGGCUUUUGGGGCAAUGAGGGCUCGUGGAGCAAGAGUCACGGAUAUUGCUAUUAUUGUAGUAGCUGCCGACGAUGGGAUCCGUCCUCAAACCAAUGAAGCCAUAGCACAUGCAAAAGCAGCAGGUGUACCUAUUGUGGUCGCAAUUAAUAAGAUCGACAAGGAUGGGGCUAAUCCUGAUCGUGUGAUGCAAGAGCUUUCAUCAAUCGGUUUAAUGGCAGAAGAUUGGGGAGGUGAUACCCCAAUGGUCAAGAUCAGUGCUCUUAAAGGUGAAAAUGUGGAUGAAUUACUGGAGACAGUCAUGCUUGUUGCAGAGUUGCAAGAGUUAAAGGCAAAUCCUCAUAGGAGUGCGAAGGGCAAUGUAAUUGAGGCUGGUCUCCAUAAAUCCAAAGGACCCAUUGCCACUUUUAUUGUGCAGAAUGGCACCCUCAGAAAAGGGGACACAAUAGUUUGUGGGGAAGCAUUUGGGAAGGUGCGUGCCUUAUUUGAUCAUGGAGGGAAGCCUGUUGAUGAAGCUGGCCCAUCGAGCCCUGUGCAGGUUAUUGGACUGCAUAAUGUUCCGUUUGCUGGUGAUGAGUUUGAGGUCGUGAGUUCCCUUGACAUAGCUCGUGAAAAGGCAGAGGCUCGUGCAGAUGCUUUGAGAAAUGAGCGCAUAGCUGCUAAGGCUGGAGAUGGAAAGAUUACCCUGUCUUCUUUGGCUUCAGCAGUUUCAUCUGGGAAGAUGGCUGGUUUGGAUUUGCACAUGCUGAAUAUAAUUUUGAAGGUUGAUGUUCAGGGAUCAAUUGAGGCACUGAAACAGGCUCUGGAGGUUCUUCCUCAGGAGAAUGUAUCGUUGAAGUUUCUCUUACAAGCAACAGGAGAUAUUAGUGCAAGUGAUGUUGAUCUUGCAGUGGCUAGUAAAGCCAUUAUAUUGGGGUUCAAUGUAAAGACACCUGGUGCUGUGGAAAAAUAUGCAAAUAACAAAGGUGUCGAAAUCCGGCUUUAUAGAGUCAUUUAUGAUCUAAUUGAUGACAUGCGGAAAGCAAUGGAAGGAUUGCUGGAACCUGUUGAGGAACAAAUUACAAUUGGUGCAGCAGAAGUGCGGGCCACAUUCAGCAGCGGGAGUGGUCGUGUUGCUGGGUGCAUGGUGAAUGAGGGAAAAAUUACUAAAGGAUGUGGGAUUCGAGUUGUACGGAAGGGAAAACCUGUCCAUGUUGGAGUCCUUGACUCUUUGCGUCGAGUGAAGGAAAAUGUCGAAGAGGUAAGCACUGGACUUGAGUGUGGAAUUGGAUUGGAAGACUAUGAUGAUUUCGAGGUAGGUGAUACACUUGAGGCAUUCAAUACAGUGCAAAAGAAACGAACCCUUGAGGAGGCUUCAGCUCAGGUAGCAGCUGCACUGGAGGGAGCUGGUGUUGCUCGAUGAUGAUGAUUCAACAAAGUGCUCUCGUUACCAAAUUAAGGAUACACUGGUUCUUUCACCUCCGGUCUCACACCGCUACUGCAUAUAAGAAGUUUCAAAGCUGUUAUUCGGGUAUGUUUUGACUGAAUAUGAUGGACGUGUUGGGAGCAUUGGAUCUUCUAUGGAUGUGCAACAACUUGGUUGGCUCCCCGUUUGUAUAAGAUUAUGCUGUACAUAGUGGUAUAUGAAUCAGAUCUAUACGCUUCACUCUAAUGUAGUAGUGAAUACCUCGAUAUUCUUUUCUGACGGCAUUUUGUAACAGCUACAGUAACACCUUGUAAAGCAAAAGAUCUUUUAAUGUCACAAGGAAAGGUGGAACAUUGCCUGGUUCAAUAAUCAUUUUUCUUUACUGUA